UGUUCCAGAGGGAGAGGAGGACGCUUAAGCAAGCUGGUUUGACCAGAAACAGAACUGCCUGUGACAGAUUAAGAGACAAGCAAGCCUUGGAAUCCGAGAGCAAGCAGAGAGUGGAAAUUUACAGCUGCUCUGUGAGUGUUCAAGUGAUCAUUUUCUGCUAACGUUUUCCGGUGGUAACUGUUACUCCUCAAAGAGGGAGACAGAAAGUCAAGACAGAAUUGUGGAAACACUUUUCUUUGCCACACUUUGGUAACAGGAGGCAAACUCUAUUAAAUGGAAGAUAAAGGCUACUUCAUCUAAAGUGCUUUGAGCCUGAGAAAGAGCUGUCUUCAGCACCUCGCCAUGUGUCUACUUUUGGUUGCUUAGACAAGUGAGGCAUCUUUAUAACAUUUGCAUUCCAUAUUGGAAGAAAAGAUUUUUACACAUGAAAAAAAUGCCUUUGUUUAGUAAAUCACACAAAAAUCCAGCAGAAAUUGUGAAAAUUCUGAAAGACAACCUGGCCAUUUUGGAAAAGCAAGACAAAAAGUCAGACAAGGCUUCAGAAGAAGUGUCAAAAUCACUGCAAGCAAUGAAAGAAAUUCUGUGUGGUACAAAUGACAAAGAACCCCCAACGGAGGCAGUGGCUCAGCUGGCACAAGAACUCUACAAUAGUGGGCUGCUGGUGACACUGAUAGCUGACCUCCAGCUGAUAGACUUUGAGGGAAAAAAAGAUGUGACCCAGAUAUUUAACAACAUCCUGAGAAGACAGAUAGGCACCCGGAGUCCCACUGUGGAGUACAUUAGUGCUCAUCCUCAUAUCCUGUUUAUGCUUCUCAAAGGAUACGAAGCCCCACAGAUUGCCUUGCGUUGUGGGAUUAUGCUGAGAGAAUGUAUUCGCUAUGAACCACUUGCCAAAAUCAUCCUCUUUUCUAACCAAUUCAGAGAUUUUUUUAAGUAUGUGGAGUUAUCAACAUUUGAUAUUGCAUCAGAUGCCUUUGCAACUUUUAAGGAUUUAUUAACCAGACAUAAAGUGUUGGUAGCAGACUUCUUAGAACAAAAUUAUGACACUAUUUUUGAAGACUAUGAGAAAUUGCUUCAAUCUGAGAAUUAUGUGACUAAGAGACAAUCUUUAAAGCUGCUAGGUGAGCUGAUCCUGGACCGCCACAACUUUGCCAUUAUGACCAAGUACAUCGGCAAGCCAGAGAACCUGAAACUGAUGAUGAAUCUUCUUCGGGACAAAAGUCCCAACAUCCAGUUUGAAGCCUUCCAUGUUUUUAAGGUGUUUGUGGCCAGUCCUCACAAAACCCAGCCCAUUGUGGAGAUUCUAUUAAAAAAUCAACCCAAACUCAUUGAGUUUCUGAGCGGCUUCCAGAAGGAUAGGACGGACGAUGAGCAGUUCGCGGAUGAGAAGAACUACCUGAUUAAACAGAUCCGGGACUUGAAGAAGACAGCCCCUUGAAGAUCUCGCCAUUUCCCGCCACCAUCCUUUGUCUCAUUUACCCAGUUUGUACAUUGAGUGUCUUUUCAAAAAGUUAGUGUUCUGGGACGGUUUUGGAGGGGCCUGUUUUUUCCCCAAUUCCUUAUUCAGGUUAGAUGAAAUAUAAGUGUUUGAAUGGAAAAAAGAACCUAGAAACCUAGAAUAAUAUGUUGAUUUUAAUCAAGUCUGUGAUUACGUGAAAUCAGAGCCAUUGUGUUAGAGUUUGAUAAAAGUGGUUGUAACUUGCAGACCCGAGCACUUGGUCACCAAGUAGGACCCCAAACAAAACGGACCCCUGAGCCUUCCUUGAGGCCUGAGUUCUUCAGGGCGAACUGGGAAUGGGGCCAGGAUGUGAAAACCGUAUUGUCAUCUGCCCUUACUCAGAUUUCUCAAGGCACCGAAAGAUCCCAGAGAAGGUUACUGUUUUCAGUCAUUAUGUGUCCCUUUGUCUCUGCCUCCCAUCUUUUGACUGUAAUUAGUGGUUCCUAAAUUCCUAGUGGGAACUGGGCCCACCCUUCAGCCCGGCACUCCCUUCUGCUCAUUGGCCCAUGUUCUGUCCUGCUCCGCCUGCGGCCCAGUUAACACAGGAGAGAGUGAGGAGGAGGAGGCCGGAUCAACAAGGGUUGGGGGCACAGAGGUCCCAGGCGGUGUGACCCACUCCUAGAGAACUGCAAACAGAAGCUUCUAGAUAGAGUCACUGCUGUUCCACAUCGACGUCUGGAGGGUCAGUGGGUGACAUAGUUCAUGCAUAAUCGCCAUUAUGGGAAGGCUGCUUUGUGGGGCAAGUGCAUCUGAGUGAGGAAUCAUUGAACUGGGAUGCCCAGCGGGUGCAAAACCAGAGGGCUGUGGUAGGAGAACUGUUAUCAAUACGGGGACAUUGCCCUUGGCAGGCAAAGUGAUUAAUGCAUGAAAAGAUUCUCAAAUGACUUAAUAAUAUCAUCUUCAGUUUGCUUUCUAAUUUGUCAUUCUAUAAUUGCCUAUCGAAGUCCUCAGUGAAAAGAUAGAAAACCUAUAAAACUUCGGCCCCUGGUACCCUCUUGCACCCUAGGGAGAUUAAGGAGUUAAUCUGUGUUCCUUAAAAAACAAACAAACAAACAAAAAGUGGAACCAAAACCUAAAUGUCAAAAGGUCAUGAUUUGUUUUCAGACAUCAAGGGUAUAAAAUGGAAUGUGAGAGUUAUAUUUACAAGGUAUUAAAGGUACAAUUGCUAGUGUGGUUUUUUUAUUUAUUUACUUUUUAUAAUUCUAUUUCUAAAUCAUGACUCCUGCCUUCCUUGGGAACACUCACUUUUUACAAUCCAUGGGCACCGUGUCCUUUUUCUUCAGCCAGGUAUUUCUCUACGCAGAGAGGAAAAGGGAACUGUUCUCUGGGACCAGUGGCCUUUGUAGAUCUUGCUGCUGAAGAAUCGCCUGGCUGGCGUCACCCCCUAAGCUGGGCGCAGGUGUGUGCGGCUUCCCGACCCUGCACGGAACCCUGAGGCAGAUGGCCGACCUCCUGGGCCUUCCCAGCGGCUCUGGCCAGCGCUAGCGUCGGAGGGUCAGCCGGCCGCCCUGACGGCCUGCCUCUUCUGUCACUGACGUCACGGUAUUUUUAUAAUUGCCAGGGCCCCAUAGAAUUUGACUUUUCUACUUUUGUUUGCUAAAUUCAAAGAGAUGAGUUUAGAUAUUUUAAAAAAUGAAAGUGAACUAACCAUUGGAGCUUUAUUUAGUUACUUAAUACUGUUCCACAGCAUCACGGGACACAUGUUUUUAAUCAGAAAGGCCUCAUUGUAAUUUUUUCUUCUUUGAUAAAGGAAGUAGAGUUUAUUUCGUUUGGGCUUGAAUCAGCUCUUCCCCAACAGUCCCUUAUCCUAGCUCAGGACCUGUCAGACACUAGGCCCUGGGGUUUGUCAUGAUACAGAUUUAUAAGUUAUUUAUGUGAAGUGGAGCAGGACACUCACAGUCAAAAUAUAUUCAUAUUUGCAGAGCUCACCGUAAGUAUUCUGAGAAUCGGAUUUUGCAAGGGGCGUAUUUAAUAAGCUAUUACAGAAGCACACAUUUAAAUAAAGACUGACGAGAUUAAAAGCUACCACACACACGCCUUGGCUGGUUCCAUUGCCCUGCAUGUCAUGUGCUGUGUUCUUGUCACCACUGCCAACAGGGAAAGCCCCAGGCUGGAGGGAGACCAGCCUCGCAGGGCACUGAGGCCGCACGACACCCCAGCACCAUCCUCCCGUGUGCUCUGCCCACAGUGGUCGCCUCCACAUUUCCUCGACUGAGCCGUGCUCCCGCCAGGCGCUGAAUGUAUACCUCCCAGUACCGAUGCCCCCCACAGCUGGAGUCAUCCCAUCUCCUACAGGAGGACAUUGGGGUUCCGAGCGGCUUAACUGCCUGGAUCUCGUGUGAGACACAGUAGAUACAAA